GAAAAUCGUACUUCAUACUUUGUCAACUGUGUGUAUAAAAAAAUGCGGAAUUACUUUUACGUUGCACAUGACCACUAGCAAUUGCACAAACACACUCGCAUAAAAAUCUAAACCUACAUACGUAUGUACCCACAUACAUUUACAAUUGUACAAUACAAUGCCGGUGACCUACUUUUUGGCAGGAAAUCUUCUAGCGGCAAUGUAUGAAUGUCACAUUUUCAAGUUCAGCAUAAACAACGACGGCAACAAAUACAAAUACAACAACAGCAACAUGCUUUGUGCCAUUAACCGGAGAGCAAACUGUUGAAUAUUGCACGAAGUCAACGGUCGCGAGCGCCGCCAUUCAUGCUCGAGCAUUACAAAACGCCAAGAACAACAACAACGAAUAUAGCGGCAGAAUUUCGUCAAUGAAAUCAGACAUAAACAAUGCAACUGAGCAGACGCCAACUUGUGUUUAUAUUUAUGCCAUAGCCCACCCGCACCACCAUCAAACGAAGCAAAACAACCACCUGUUGGCCAACAUCAAAUGCCGCUACAUGUGUCGCCUGGACAAAUGUAAACAUAAACAAUUCCAUCUGGCAUGCGUUGGCUAAGGAUGGCUUCUGCGCACAGCACCGCCAGAAGAGUUCAGCAAUUGAGUUCUCCAUGUCGCACUGGAGGUCUCUGUUGGAUGCAUGUAAGACAAACGAUGAACUCAUCGUUGCGUUGUAAUUUUGACUGAAUUGUCAAAAAACUCCAGUAUAGAUACAAGAAAAGUCCAUUUUCAGUGGCAGCAGAAAGAAAAUUUUAACUCGAAACAGAAACGGGAAAAAGAAAAUUCCAGCAAACGGAGGAAAAAUAUGUUCAAUAUUUUGAUAAAAUACACAGUGAAUUAGAUUUGUUGGAAAACUAAUCGGGCCGAAUAUUGAAAAUUCACAAUGAAAAUACUCGAAUGAAAGUUGGAAAAACCAAAAUUGCAAAAGAAAAACGGAAAAUCGGUAUCGUCGAAUUUUGUUUUCUAAAUUGAAUCCAUGUCAUCUUCUCGAAUAAAUUUGUGCAGUGUUAUUUAAUAAAAGAAUCUCUUCUAUUUAGAAAAAAAGAAAAAAUAAAUAUUCUUAGCAAAAUGUUGCUAAGAAAAUUCCAUUUCACAUUUCUGUGGAAAAUUCUUUGCUUUUCUAUGUUUGUGCUCUGGCCCAAAAAUGGUGUCAACCUAGUGGCGUCUGCUGAAAAAAUCAAUUAUAAUGUAGCUCAUUCGUGGGCCGAUAAAUUGGGCAUGGAAUUAUUCCAUUUGGGUGAUUUCAUUACACGCCGCAAAGAGGUCCAAGAGAGUUUCAAACAGGCCCAAGUUGUUUCCAGAUCUGGAUCGAAAAUUGUUGAAAACAUGGCCAGUGAAGUGAAAACAAUGAUGGAAUUAAAAAUAAGUGCCGUUCGCCGCAUUAUGGAUACCGCCGAAAAUACUGCCUUAACAUAUCAAAUGGAAAAACCCAACAAAUAUUUUUCAUAUUAUAAUUCGAAAGAAAUGAUUGAGCCACACGAACCGGUACCCACGGAACCGCCCCGCGAUCUGGAAGAUGCGGGCGGGCCAAAAAUUUUCAUAACACCUAAAACGAUUGUUCUAACACCGAAAGAGGAAUUCUUUAAUACACCCGUUAAUAUGAGUGUCAGCUCAGUGCAUGUGCCGACGAAUGUUUACGAUAGAGCAUCGGACACCAUAAAAGCCAUUGAAUGGUCUGAAAAUUUGGAUCAAAUAUUUCGUGAUAAUUACAAAAACGAUCCGACGCUGUCGUGGCAAUUUUUUGGUAGUUCGACCGGCUUUAUGCGUCAAUUCCCGGCAUCGAAAUGGAAAAUGGAACCGGUCGAUUUGUACGAUUGCCGUUUAAGACCAUGGUAUAUGGAAGCGGCGACCAGUCCAAAGGAUGUCAUCAUCCUGUUGGACAGUUCAGGCUCUAUGAUGGGGCAGAGGCUAGAUAUCGCAAAGCAUGUUGUAUAUACAAUACUUGAUACAUUAGGUACAAAUGACUUUGUGAACAUCUUCACCUUUAGCGAUAAAGUCAAGCCUGUUGUUGGAUGUUUCGAGGAUACACUCGUUCAAGCAAAUCUUGGCAACAUUCGAGAGCUCAAAGAGGGAAUUGAGACAGUUAAAACCGUGUCGAUCGCCAACUUCACCGCUGCAUUGACAAAAGCCUUUGAGGUUUUGGAACAAUUUAGGACCGAAAAUCACGGGGCUCAAUGCAAUCAGGCAAUCAUGAUUGUUAGUGAUGGGGCACCGUUUAGCUAUGAAGAAAUUUUUGAACUUUACAAUUGGCAAAGUCUACCCUACAAACCGGUGAGGGUCUUCACCUAUUUAAUUGGCAAAGAAGUGGCCGACGUCAAGGACAUCAAGUGGAUGGCGUGCGCCAAUCAGGGCUACUACGUGCAUCUGGCCGAUACGGCGGAAGUUCGUGAAAUGGUCUUGAAUUAUAUACCGGUAAUGGCGCGACCGUUGGUUUUGGGUCGACACGAUCAUCCGGUAAUAUGGACACAGGUGUAUGCUGAUGUGGAGGACACAGAAAUGUCCGAUUAUCUGUGGCAAAAUGAACAAAAUAACGAUCAAAAAGAAAAUAUUCUGGAAUACCGACGUGUUAGCUUUCGCAUGCUGGAUCCGGAUGAGGUGCGACGUCGUGAAUAUCGCAGAAUGAGAAAGGCCUGGGACCAACCAACCGACUCCGAUAUUUAUAAGUUUAUGACCACCGUUUCAAUGCCUGUCUAUGAUCGUCGCGAGAAUGCUAAUAUCACCGAACUGGUUUUAAUAAACGAAGCCCUUUGGGAAUUACAAACUCGAGAGACCAAAGUUGCCAAUUUACUGGGAGUCGCCGGUACCGACGUGCCAAUUAGGGAUAUCAAAAGAUUGCUAUCACCAUUUAUGCUUGGUGUAAACGGUUAUGCCUUCAUUGUCACCAACAAUGGCUACAUAUUGUUCCAUCCAGAUUUUCGUCCAAUUUUUCAAGGGUAUAUACUGAAGCCGGCCUAUAAUAGUGUGGAUAUGAUAGAAGUUGAACUAUUGGAUGAUGAUCGACCGCCAAGAGAUUUUAAUCCAGUGCUACUGACGAUACGCGAUUCGAUUAUAAAUCAAUCGACCGGUAGCAAAUGGAUGUUGGUCAAAAAUCAUUUCGAUGAAAUGAAAAGGGUGGCUCGGGUUAAGCGCCAAUAUUAUUGGACAGCUAUUAAAAAUACACCCUUCACUUUGGUGAUAACCUAUCCCGAGCUGUACGGUGUCAAUCGUCUUCAAAUACGCACCGAAGACGAAAUACAUCGUAUGAACAUUAAAGGCAGUAACACGCUGAGCUUUUUCAAUGGCAAACGUUGGAAAAUCCAUCCCAAAUGGCUUUAUUGCAAACACAGCAACAUGACAUUCGACUCACCCGAAGAAGAACUUUUAUGGUUUUUGGGUAAAAUGUCACAGCCAGGAUGGAAAUGGCCAUCAACGCGUAGUUCACUGCCUCCAGAGCAUACAGCAGCCAUGUUUUCUAACACAUCUGCUGGACGCAUUCCAUCAUUCGAAAAUUACUAUUGUGAUCGGCAGCUGAUGCAGUCGUUGGUGUUUGAUGCCCGAGUUACGGAAUGGUUUUCGAAAAAUACCAGCUUUAAUUCAAAGGAUGACAAGGGAUCAAGUGCAUCAAAUCCCAUUUCUGUUUUGAUGGGUUUGUUGCCAAGAAAUGAGUUUAAACAACGUUUUGGCAUCAAUGUGGCAUUUUUGGCCACCCACAGUGGCCUAACGAGAUGGCAAGAAUUUCAUUCGAAUAUGGCUGAAGAAGUGGGAGCUGGGGAAACCUUCAGUGAAACCAACAACAAGGCCAUCGAUGAGAUCUGGUAUAAACGAGCCGUCGAUCAACAUUUUGUGCGUGAGGAGAGUUUCGUCUAUUCGGUGCCUUUUGAUGCGGGCGAGACGACAGUGGACCCGAUUGUUACGGCGAGUCAUGCGAUCUUUCACACCGAAGGUGGCAAGUCAGCGCCCGCUGCCGUUGUUGGCUUCCAGUUUCAGUACAGUGCUUUGCAUAAACUUUUCCGCAACAUUACGGGAAAUGCCUGUGCCGCCGACGACAAGGCCUGCUAUGUCUUAGAUAAUAAUGGCUUUAUUAUCGUAUCUUUGAAUCGCCACGAAACCGGUCGUUUCUUUGGCGAAAUAAACGGUGCCAUCAUGCAUCGUUUGGUCGAAGAGAAUGUUUAUAAAAAAGUUACGGUCUAUGAUUAUCAGGCCAUUUGUUUUGUACCGGAUGGCGAUAUGAAUUCAUCGCCGAAUAUGUUAGCGCCUCUAGUCCAUGUAUUCAGAGCCUUUAGAUGGUUAUUAUCCACACUAGUGCUAUUCUUAUUAGAAAUUAGUAGGGUCGCCGCCGACUUCUUCGAACAUUAUGUGGAUGAAAAUAUGACAGAUUAUAUGGUUAAUGUUAAAAACAAUGAAUGGGUACGUCUGGUCACGCUACAGAGGACCAGACUGAAACAGUGUGACAUGCAACGUGACCUCUACACGUUGUUCAAUGCGACCGGCAAUGUUGCCUACAACAUGACGGCGCACGGCUGCGAGAGACCAUUUGUCGUUCUGCCCAUACCGGCCAGCAAUCUGAUAUUGCUGGUCAUCGAUCAGAUAUGUCCGCGCGAUGCUGCGCACGUGCUCACCGUUAAUCCGAUGGAUAUUAACUAUCCGUUGGAUGAGAAUCAAACAUUGGCAUGUUUUAAAAAGGAUCAUGAAUUCUCGAGGGUGCGUCCGACAAGUUGCAUAAACAAGCAUAUAAAUGAAAGCAAUAUUGAAUUAUGCGGCAGUGCUUCUAGUAUUUUUAUAAAUAUUUUCCUAUUCAUUAUAGCCCUAUGUUCCGGUCGUUACUCUAACAUAGCUUUAUUAAUGCAUUAGAAACCUAAGAUAAACCAAAGCAAAACCUUAAAAGAAAUCCAUUGUUUUUUGUUAACUAAUCAAUAUUUUUUUGUUGAAGUUCUUAAUCAAACCAAAAUACUUGUGUAUGACAUGUAAGCAUUGUACAUUUUGUAAUUUACCAAAAAAAAAAGAUCGUUUAAACAUUAUUUUGAAUAAUUUAUAGUGUAGCUAACUGAAAUCUCAAAGGACCUUAAACGUAAAACUUUAAAAAACAAAACAAGAAUAUUUAUAGAAAACAAAAACAACUAAAACAUUUAAUUAAAAUUAAAAAAACCAAAGACAAACAUUUUGUAAAUUAUAUUAAAAUGAAAUGAAAAUUAAGAAACCAAAAAAAAAAAAAAAAAACAUAAAAUGGAUUUAGCUUAAAUUUUUUUAGAUUUAAUUGUGUAAUCUAAAUAAAGAGAGAAAAAAAAAACAAUCAUACGGAAAUCAUUGUCGGCCGGUAUGAUAA